UUCCAUGGAUAGUAAGAGCUCCCUCUCUCCGUCACCCGCCGGCUUCCUGUUGGGGCCUCCUCCUCGGGGCGUCUCCUCCCCUGGCAGAGGAACCUGCGCCCGGGCUCUGCCCUGGCCGAGGCGGACAUGGGGCCCCUGCUGCUGCUGCUGCCCCUGCUGUGGGGGGGGUCCCUGCAGCAGCCUCCAGGGUACGGCCUCCAAGUGCAGGAGUCGGUGACGGUGCAGGAGUGCCUGGGCACCAACGUGACCUGCUCCUUCUCCUUCCCGGGGAGCCAGCGGUUCGCCCCCUCCAUCUACUGGUUCCGCCAAGGGGACGACAUACACAUCAGUGCUCCUGUGGCCACAAACGACCCGAGAAGACCAGCGAAGGCAGAGACCAAGGGCCGAUUCCACCUCCUCGGGGACCGCAGGGACGACUGCUCCCUGAGCAUCAGAGACGCCAGGAUGAGCGACUCGGGAACCUACUUCUUCCGAAUGGUCGCAGGUUAUCCUGAGAGAUACACUUACCCAAAUAAGCUGAACUUGCAGGUGACAGCCCUGACAGAGAAACCCGACAUCCACUUUCUGGAGCCUCUGGAGUCUGGCCGCCCCACGAGUCUGACCUGCAGCCUGCCAGUCGUCUGCGAUGGGGCAAGAUUUCUCUGGUUCUCCUGGGCGGGGGACACCCUUGAUGCGGUGGACCCAGAGACGCUCCACAGCUCGGUGCUCACCCUCACGCCGAGGCCCCAGGACCAUGGCACCAACCUGACCUGUCAGGUGAAACUCCAAGGAGGUCAGGGGACCACGCUGGAGAGGACCGUCCAGCUCAAUGUCUCCUAUGCUCCGUCGAACCUCAGCAUCAGCGUCUCCUUCAGAAACGUCACAGCCCUCAGGACUCUGCAAAACACCUCAGUCCUUCUCAUCUUGGAGGGCCAGGCUCUACAGCUGCUCUGUUCCCUCCCCACAGACCCCCCGCAGCUGUUGGGACCCUCCUGCUCCUGGGAGGACGGGGGUCUGCACUGCAGCUGCUCCUCCCGAGCCCAGCCGGCCCCCUCCCUGCGCUGGCGGCUGGGGGAGGGGCUGCUGGAGGGGACCUUCAGCAACACCUCCUUCGAAGUCACCUCCAGCUCUGCUGGGUCCUGGGCCAAUAGCUCCCUGAGGCUCACUGAGGGGCUCAGCUCCGGCCUCAGCCUCAGCUGUGAAGCCCUGAACGUCCACGGGGUUAAGAGCGCCACGGUCCUGCUGCUACCAGGAAAAUCAACAUCCCUGACAGGAGUGGCUCUUGGGGCUCUUGGAGGCGCUGGUGCCAUGGCCCUGCUGUCCCUAUGUCUGUGCCUUGUCUACUUUUGCAUAGUGAAAGCUGGCAGGAAGCAGGCAGCCAGGAGCCCAGAGAGCCCAGAUGAAGACCCCAUCAUGGGUACCGUUGGCUGGGGUUCCAGGCAAAAGUCCUGGCCAGACAGCCCCCCAGACCAGGCGCCAUCCGCUGUGGAGGAUGCCCCGCCCUCGGGGGAGCAGCAGGAACUCCAUUAUGCUUCGCUCAGCUUUCACGAUUUGAAGUCUCGAGAGCCUCAGGACCGGGAGGCCACCAGCAACACCGAGUACUCAGAGAUCAAAAUCAACAAAUGAGGAUUCGCCCAGAGCUCGGUCCUGGCUGGAGGAAUCACAGCCUCUGCGGGGGAAAGGAGAAGUCAGGGGCUAGUUGACGAAACCUUUGUGGCAAUAUUAGCAUUAACUACUGUGGGAGUGUCCCCAGGUAGAGCAGAAAGAAGACAGGUGAUAGGAUUAGAAAGACCUGGGCUCAAAGGCAGGUUCCAACACUUCCUAAGGCAUUGUGAUCAGGCAAUUCACUUCAUCUCCCUGUGUCUCAGUUUUCCGUUCUGUAAAUCAGAGAUUAUGUGUCCUACCUCAAAGUUGGGUGAGCAUUAAAGAAAUGAACGUGUGAAAA